AAGAAAUUGAAGUAUGUCAAUGUCCCCGACGUAAGAAUCAAGUCGGUCACCAAUUCAAAUUCCGCAAGAUUACGAAUGUACAAGACUACAAGUCUAAAACUACUACUAUUUCCUUCCCUCUUUAAUUCUUAAUUAUUGUUCACAGUUGAGAUAUCGUUAUCUUCACUCUUUACUCUUUAGUCUCUCACUCAAGCGUCAAACUCAGACACUCCUACGAGUCCUUCUCCCUCUUCUUCCAUAAUAAAUUAAUAAAAAUGGAAGGUCAGAUUUGUGUUGUGACAGGUUAUGGACAGGGUCAUCUCAACCCAUGCAUGGAGCUCUGCAAGCAUAUUUCUUCCAUGCAUUACCAUACUACCCUCCUUUUUCCUUCUAUUUUCGCUUCUGCCAUUCCCUCCUCUUUCACGCAACCGCCUCGCACCCAAACAGUCCAGCUUACCUCCUCUGGCCGACCCAUGCCUGGAUCCGACCCACUCUGCCAGCAGUCUGCUCAGGAACUCAAGACGCACCUACUAAACUGCUUUGAGAAUCCAGACUUGCCCAUGCCUCUGUGCGCGAUCGUUGAUUUCCAAAUGGGCUGGACCAAAGCCCUUUUUUUAAAAUUCAAUAUACCGGUUAUUAGUCUUUUUACUUUCGGUGCAUGUGCUGCCGCCAUGGAGUGGGGCGCGUGGAAGCUUCAAGCCGCUAAUAUCAAAUCUGGUGAAAUCCGGGUCAUUCCGGGGUUACCGGAAGAAAUGGCGUUAACCUAUUCGGAUCUUAAACGAAAAUCUCCGGAAACACCACGUGGCGGGAAAGGGGGUCCGCCAAAACCUGGUGAUAGGCCACCAUGGGUUCCAGAAAUUGAAGGAUCAAUCGCGAUAAUGUUCAACACGUGUGAUGAUCUUGACGGUCCCUUUAUUAAGUACAUGGCUGAUCAGAUGGGUUUGCCAGCUUGGGGUGUGGGACCAUUACUGCCUGAACAGUAUUGGAACUCCUCUGAACCGUUGCUUCGUGACGGAGAGAUUAGAAAGCAAAAGCGCCAAUCGAGUUCGACAGAAGAGGAUGUGAUCCAAUGGCUGGAUUCGAAGCCACGUCGAUCAGUUUUAUACGUUGCUUUUGGUAGUGAAGUACGUCCCACCACGGAGGAAUAUUCUCAAUUGGCAGGUGCAUUAGAACAGUCGACUCGACUGUUCAUUUGGGUCAUACAACCUGGGUCGGAAGCACACAUUCCUCAUGGGUUAGACGAUAGAGUUAGUAAUAGGGGUUUGAUAAUAUACGGAUGGGCACCACAAUUAUUGAUUCUGGGCCAUAAGUCAACCGGUGGAUUUUUAUCACAUUGUGGAUGGAAUUCUACGAUGGAGGCAAUCGGACGUGGGAUCCCAUUUUUGGCCUGGCCUAUUAGGGGUGACCAAUACUUAAACGCCAAAUUGGUGGUGAGUCAUCUUAAGGUUGGGUAUAGAGUUACCGAUGAUUUGUCAGAGAUGGUAAAGAAGGAUGAUAUGGUGAAGGGAAUUGAGAGGCUAAUGGGUAACGAAGAGAUGCAAAAACGAGCAGAGAUGUUAAGUGGCAAGUUUAAGCAUGGUUUUCCAGCGAGCUCAGUGUGUGCAUUGGAAGCAUUUAAUGAUUUAUUAGCAAAAAUUAACUCAAGUACCAUUAAAUAAUGAAUAAAUGAUUGUAGCAAGUUUUCUGGUUAGGAUAUGAAGUGGAGAUAUGUUCUCUGGUUAUAAUAUUUGUAAUUACAACUAAGAAACCAACUUAUAAGUCAAAAAGGCAGAAGAACAUACAACCAUGCAAUGUAAUAACAUGACAGGAAAAAUGAUACAAAUGAACCAGGAUGAAGGCAUUAAAUUGAAGCAUGGCACCUCUGGAACGAAACCUCAUUAUCAAGCUCAUCUAUUCAAUUUUCAACUUCAAAGUCAUAUUAACACUUUGACUAGGAAACUUACAUCUUGAUGGAGUGUAAUCAAGAUACAUCUCGAAGACUCAUGUAGAUAUACAGAAGCACAAACAACAUUUGGAGUAACUUUUCUGUCUGUAAGACUGUAAGCCCUUACAUUGGUGUCAAUUUAAAUCCCCUAUCAAAAGAGAAACAAGAAUUCAAAAAACUUCGACACAACUUCUGAUAAGAGCUGGGAGUGGGAUUUCUUAUUAAC